AAUUUUAAGUCGCUGUCACGCUACAAAAGUCACAAAACUCCAUGUUUUACGUGAACUUCCUUUUUGUGUGCAAUAAGACAAAAUAAAGUAAAUAAAACAAAGUGCUGCAGGAGUUGAGUUAGAUCCUUCUGUCACGUGCGUCCUGACGUAACUCGAUAUCACAGAGAGUUAUUAAACCCCGGGGCAGCCGGUGGGAUUACAGUUUCAGCAAAAACGCUACUAAAAAGGCCAUUUAAGGUUCCCAGAUGUUGACCUUUAAAGUGUUAGCCACAUGUUGCGUUUAAACCUGUUUAUACCUCCAAUAUUUAAACGAGUCUUCAAAAAAAAAGGUGUCAUAGCGGUGUGACGCAAUAAUCCCCUUAAUCCUCCGAGACAGCUGACUGGAUUUAGGUGGUGAUGACCAUAAUCUCAUUUGGCACCUUGAGGGGCAGUCGGUAGACGAUCCACGAGGCAGUGUGAACUAACGAAGAAGAAGAAGAAGAAGUCUGCAGCAUGGGGAACACCAAGAGCAGCGCGUUGUCCAAGGAGCUCCUGGAGGAGCUCAAGUCCAACACCAAGUACUCCGAGUCCGAGCUGUGCACCUGGUACCAGUCCUUCCUGAAGGAGUGUCCCGGCGGGAAGAUCAGCAAGCAGCAGUUCGAGGGCAUCUACGCCAGCUUCUUCCCCGACGCCGACCCCACGAAGUACGCGCGCCACGUGUUCCGCAGCUUCGACACCAACGCCGACGGCACGUUGGACUUCAAGGAGUACAUUGUGGCUCUGCACCUCACGUCCGGGGGCAAAACCCUGCAGAAGCUGGAGUGGGCCUUCGCCCUGUACGACGUGGACGGGAACGGAACCAUCAGCAAAAGCGAAAUCCUGGAGAUCGUCCGGUCUAUAUUCAACAUGAUUCCUGCCGACGACCAGAAGAACCUCCCCGAGGACGAAAACACGCCGGAGAAGAGGGCGGAGAAGGUCUGGGAGUUCUUCGGGAAGAAGGACAACGAUAAGAUCUCAGAGGGGGAAUUCAUUCAGGGUGUGAUGGAGAACAAGGACAUCCUGCGGUUGAUACAAUACGAUGAACCUCAGAAAAUUAAAGACAAGCUCAAAGAGAAGAAGCAAUAAUACAAAGAAAAAGCUGCUUUGUGGGAUUUUAAGACUCGUAUGUUUGUUUAAAUUAUCGUGCUGCUGCUUUUCUUUCUUCUUUUUUUCAUAAUAUUUCUUCAUAAAUAUCUGUUGUGCAUUUUUGUAUUCGAGCAAAUCAAUAAUUUCAUUUAAUACCAGGAUUCAGGAUGCGGGGGAAUUUUGAAACGGACCGUUUUAACCAUGUGGACCGGGAUAGAAAUAGAAUAGAGAAAAAUUAUACAAUUAUAUCAUUUAGAUUAUACACUUUGCAAAACAGCAUGAAAUAGUCAGUAAAAGUAACUGACAUUAAAGUGUGUUGUCUCACUUUUGGGAAUAAAAUCACAAAUUACAGGUCACCAGUAACUUCCAUCGAAAGGGACAUUUGUUCAUUUUUCCAUUAAAUUAAACAUGAAUUUAUAGCUGAAAUGGACCUAAAACAGCGUUCGCCUCGUGAGCAGCUACCUUACCAACUGGCCUUAGUCAAAGAUAAUUUGAUCUAUGACAUUUUAGUCAUGUUUUUGCUUUACCCCAAAAGUGAACAACUGCUAAAUAAGAGAGACAAAGUGUCACCACAUAGACUUUCCCAACAUUUCUCAGCUCAAACUGACAAAGAACGAACAAAACAAACAUAUGUCGUGUUUUCCUUUCACCUAAUCGAUAGUUUUUCACUUUUAUCUUUUGUGACGAAACGUAUUAAUCGGCCUGAGAAAAGUAGACGCUGCCGUCUGACCUGCAGGAUCAUUACGAUACGCAGCGGAUUCCGCCCCUUUGUGUCGUCUGGCAGCGUUUGGACCCAUUUGGACCGGACUCAUCAGGUCGAUAGCAGAGGGGGUCGGUAGGCGAGCUCCUUAGGAGAGGGAUCAGGCUCAGGUUAACACGCUAUCAGCCGAUCCUAUUAAGAGCUGAAGGUCGGCUGAGACGAACACACUGGAGGAUGACUCCACUUCUUACUUUGGAUUGGAUUGUUUUGUGUGUGUGUGUGUGUGUGUUUAGAUUGCUGUUACUCAAAAAGUCAUUUCUGAUGUGUCAGGGCUUGAAUGUACUUUUAGUAGAACAAUGUACUGACGUAUUGUAAUAUCAGCUAAAGUGUUUGCUGUAUUUGGAAUAUCGUCAAAGGUUUAUUCUCCAAGUGGGAAACUAACAGUGCUGUUUCUGUAGUAAGUAGAUUUAAGCCUUUAAAACAUCUAAAUACAAAGAAAAUGAACACUGAGAAGAGAAUAAAGUCGUCCCUCAGAUCAAACCUACUCGUGUACAGUUUUGAUGCUUGAAAUGGAUUCAACAAAGUCUGGAAAUAAUAUGGUGUGAAAUAUGUGAAUGAAAUAGUAGUUUCAUGUACAUGUACAAUAAAUAAAUGUGUAAUACA